AUGGAGGACGACCACUGCCACAGCUCCGCGGCCGCGGCCGCCGCGGCGGUGGCCCAGAGCACGCUGUUCGGCUGCUCGGCGGCGGGCCACUCGGGCAUCAACCAGCUCGGCGGCGUGUACGUCAACGGGCGCCCGCUGCCCGACUCCACGCGCCAGAAGAUCGUCGAGCUGGCGCACUCCGGCGCCAGGCCCUGCGACAUCUCCCGGAUCCUGCAGGUGUCCAACGGCUGCGUGUCCAAGAUCCUCGGCAGGUACUACGAGACGGGCUCCAUCAAGCCUAGAGCCAUCGGGGGCUCCAAGCCCCGAGUGGCCACCUCCUCCGUCGUCAACAAGAUCGCGGACUACAAGCGGGAGUGUCCGUCCAUCUUCGCGUGGGAGAUCCGGGACCGCCUCCUGUCCGAGGCCGUCUGCAACAAUGACAACAUCCCCAGCGUGUCCUCCAUCAACAGGGUGCUGCGCAACCUGGCCUCCCAGAAGGAGCAGCAGGCGUCCGCCGUGCAGAGCGAGUCCGUGUACGACAAGCUGCGGAUGUUCAACGGGCAGGCGCCGGGCUGGGCGUGGUACCCGGGCGGCCCGCACACCACGGCGCACCUGGGCCUCAGCCCUGGCGCCGCCAUGGGCCACCUGGGCGACGUCAAGAGGGCCGCCGGCGCCACCGGCAUCCCCAGGCCGGACUGCGACGGUGACCUGUCCCAGGAGGGCGGCGGCUCCGACGGCAACUCGGAGCACAACUCCUCGGGCGACGGCGACGACGACUCCCAGCUCACGGACCGGCUCAAGCUGAAGCGGAAGCUGCAGCGGAAUCGGACGUCCUUCACCAACGAGCAGAUAGACAGCCUCGAGAAAGAGUUCGAGCGGACCCACUACCCCGACGUGUUCGCCAGGGAGCGGCUAGCGGAGAAGAUAGGACUGCCCGAAGCCAGGAUACAGGUGUGGUUCAGCAACCGGCGCGCCAAGUGGCGGCGCGAGGAGAAGGUGCGCGGGCAGCGGCGGCCGGCGGAGGGCGUGGGCCUCUCCAGCGGCGGCGGCUCGGCCACCCCCACCACCACCCCCACGGGGGCGGUCGGGGGCGGCCUGGGCGGCGUGUCGCCGGGCCCGCCGAGCUCCAGCUCCGUGGUGGCGGGCUCCUCGUCGUCCACGGCCCCGGGCAGCGCCUCCGUCACCCGGCUCAACAUCAACUCGGGCUUCAACUCCAUGUACUCCGGCAUCCCGCAGCCCAUCGCCAGCAUGGCGGACAGCUACAGCGGCAUGUCCUCGAUGAACGGCAGCUGCCUGCAGCAACGCGAGGCGCACGCUCCGCAGCUGUCCUCCCACGUGUCCGGCUACCCCUACAUGUUCCACCACGACCCGCUGCACUCGCUGGCGGGCGCGGCCUACAACCCCCGCGCGCCCAGCAUGGCCCACCAGAGCCACCAGAGCCACCACGCCGGCUACGGCCCCGCCCACUCUUCGGUGCCCACCAGCACGGGCGUCAUCUCGGCCGGCGUGUCCGUGCCCGUGCAGAUCCCCAGCCAGGGCGGCGCGGACUACAGUUGCUGGCCGCGGCUCCAGUGAUCCGAGCUGUCGCAGCUGUUCGGUGGCGUCUCCGGGCUGUCCGGCCUGUCCGGGCUGUCCGCCGCCACGGCAGCUGCGGUAGCCACCGCCGCCAGGCUGCUGCCCCCGCCGCCACAGGCCCUGCACCACCACCAGCAGGACUUCGGCCCCACCAGGGCCGCGGCCAGUGCCAGC